AGGACUGGAGGAGUAAUAAAUAGCGGGAGAGAGGGAGAGGCAAAUCCCAAUCCCCUUCUCUCCCUCCAGUGCUUCCGUUAUUUCCCACCGAUCUCGAGCUCGGAUUGAAGGAGGCGGCGCAGGGCAGAUCCAAAGAGGCGGCGCAGGCGGAUCUCGAGCUCCUCUGAUGGAAGCAGGCGGCGCAGGGGAGGUGGACCAUCUCGCCGGCGAGAGAGCCACUGCACAGUUCGACGUCGACCACAUGAAGGUCGCGUGGGCAGGCUCCCGCCAUGCUGUCGAUGUCGCCGACCGCAUGGCGCGCCUCGUCGCCUCCGAUCCGGUGUUCCGCAAGGAUAACAGAACAAUGCUCCCCAGGAAGGAGCUGUUCAAGGACACACUCAGAAAGGCAGCUCAUGCUUGGAAGCGUAUCGUCGAGCUACGUCUUACAGAAGAGGAAGCAAAUUUGCUAAGGCUAUAUGUGGACCAGCCCGGUUAUGUUGAUCUGCACUGGGGCAUGUUUGUUCCUGCUAUAAAAGGUCAAGGGACCGAAGAGCAACAGAAGAAGUGGCUACCUCUGGCCUACAAGUUCCAGAUAAUUGGAUGCUAUGCUCAGACUGAACUUGGCCAUGGCUCCAAUGUUCAGGGUCUUGAAACAACUGCCACAUUUGACCCAAAGACUGAUGAGUUUGUUAUGCACAGCCCAACUCUGACCUCCAGCAAGUGGUGGCCUGGUGGCUUGGGAAAAGCUUCCACUCAUGCAGUCGUGUAUGCUCGUUUGAUAACUGAAGGAAAGGACUACGGCAUACAUGGUUUCAUCGUGCAACUGCGAAGCCUAGAGGACCACUCUCCCCUUCCUGGUGUUACUCUUGGUGAUAUCGGUGGAAAAUUUGGUAGUGGUGCAUACAACAGUAUGGAUAAUGGAGUUCUGCGAUUUGACCAUGUGCGCAUCCCAAGGGAUCAAAUGUUGAUGAGGCUUUCACAAGUUACAAAAGAGGGAAAAUAUGUGCACUCAAAUGUCCCAAAGCAGCUGCUUUAUGGGACAAUGGUCUUUGUUCGUCAAACAAUUGUUGCAGAUGCUUCCAAGGCUUUAUCACGUGCUACUUGCAUUGCCGUAAGAUACAGCGCUAUGAGAAAGCAGUUCGGCCCCCAAACUGGUGGCCCUGAGACUCAGGUCCUUAACUACAAGACUCAGCAAAGCAGACUCUUUCCAUUGUUGGCUUCAGCUUAUGCAUUUAGGUUUGUGGGUGAGUGGCUGAAGUGGCUAUACACUGAUGUCACACAUAAACUGGAAGCUAAGGAUUUCUCAACACUGCAAGAGGCCCAUGCCUGUACUGCUGGGCUGAAGGCUGUGACAACAUCUGCGACAGCUGAUGGAAUUGAAGAAUGCCGGAAGCUGUGUGGUGGGCAUGGUUACCUGAACAGCAGCGGGCUUCCUGAAUUGUUUGCUACCUAUGUUCCUGCCUGCACUUAUGAAGGAGACAAUGUUGUCUUGCUUUUGCAGGUUGCAAGGAUUCUAAUGAAGACUGUUUCCCAGUUAGCUUCUGGAAAACAGCCUGUUGGUACAAUGGCUUACAUGGGCAACGUACAGUACUUGAUGCAAUGCAAAUGUGGUGUAAAUACAGCUGAAGAUUGGCUCAGUCCUGCUGCCAUAAGAGAGGUAUUUGAAGCUCGGGCUCUCAGGAUGGCGGUGAAUUGUGCCCAGAACAUAAACAGGGCGCCAAGUCAAGAAGAAGGUCUUUAUGAGCUAUCCCCUGAUCUGCUAGAGGUGGCGGUGGCCCAUAUCCAGCUGAUCAUUGUAACAAAGUUCAUUGAGAAAGUGGAGCAGGACAUCCCUGGGGAGGGGGUGAAGGAGCAGCUGCGCAACCUCUGCAACGUGUACGCGCUGUAUCUGGUGCACAAGCAUCUGGGCGACUUCCUGUCGACGGGGUGCAUGACGGCGAGGCAGGGGGCGCUGGCGAACCAGCAGCUGGGGAAGCUGUACGCGCAGCUGCGGCCCAACGCGGUGGCGCUGGUGGACGCCUUCAACUACACCGACCACUACCUGGGCUCCGUGCUCGGCCGCUACGACGGCAACGUCUACCCGGCGCUCUACGACGAGGCCUGGAAGGAUCCCCUCAACGACUCGCCGGUGCCGGACGGCUACCGCGAGCACCUCCGCCCGCUGCUCAAGCAGCAGCUCAAGCUCUCCAGGCUAUAGAUGAUGAUGAUGAUUCAUCCAACAAACAUUCCUUCCAUCUUAUUAUACAUUAUUAACAAUAAAUAAUCGGCAUGCAAUUUAAGGUGCUGGCUGGCUUUGUUUAUUAGUAUAUAUAAUAUAAUAGUCUUGUGCCUGUCUUUAUUGUUUUCGAGAGAGACCUUGUUCAAGCGCCUUCAUUCUACUAUACUUAUCCAGGUGUGAAAGUUUACUCACCAUUUCACAGGAUUCAUGUACUGAGAU